CGCUUUACGACUCAUCGUCUAUUUAUUCUCUCUUUUUCUACACUGCUGUGCAGUUCAAUUCCAUUCUUUGGUCAUUUGCUAUCAUCAACACGCGAAACACGCAAAUCAUCUUCAGCAGCACUUUAAUACCAAUAAUUCAACUUCAAUAUGGGCAAGUUUGACAACGCUAUCAAGGCCGGCCAGACCGCCAUCGAGCUCGGCAAUACUGCCAGAUCCUUCGCUGGCGCAACCUCCGAAUUCCGCGCCGCUGAUAAGAAGGAACUCGGUCGACAGGCUGGCCGUCAUGCCUUCAACGAAGGCGCCGAGACCGGAAAGGCCAUGGGAAAGACUUGGCUCAAGACCUUCGAAGCAGUACCUCGUAUGGUCUGUCGCGGUCUUCAGUUCCUUUUCGCUAUCAUCGCCUGCGGUUUCUACGGCCAUCGCGUCGAUAAGGCUCAGGACACCGAUUACGGCUUCUCCCCAGAAUGGUACUUCGCUCUCGUCAUCGCUGGCCUCUCGGCCACCACCGCUAUUCUCUUCGUUGUGCUUACUCCCCUCGGCGCUCUUCCCCUCAUCGGCAGCAAGCUCAAGCUGUUCAAGACCUACCGUGCUUUCGCCUGGGAUCUCAUCCUCUUCAUCACCUGGCUCGUCGUCUUCGGAAUCUUCGCCGGCAUCUUUCUCCACCGAGAUAGCGACGACAAGUACAAGGGCGCCAGCACCGGCGCCAUGAAAACAGCUGUUUGGAUCGAUCUCGUCAACUCCAUCUUGUGGCUCACUUCUGGUGUGUACGGAUGCAUCAAGACUUUCUUGGGUGACAAAGCGGACGAGAUGACAGACAAGGUUGGACAGAAACUGUUUACCAAGAAGCAGAAGCCAGCUAAGGAGGCCGGUUACGCCGAGAGUGUUUGAACACGGGCAAAGCAGCUACAUUGGGGUUUUCAUGUUUUUAUUACGCAUUUUCUUAUGUCAGAGCCGGCGUUCUUCGCAUCUUUCGCAUUUAGAAUAUAUCUAUAUCUAUCUCCCGAUGAAUACAAAAUUUCAACCCGUAAUGUUAUGUACAGAACAAAUACUAUCUUUUUGAAC